GCAUUUUUGGACUAAUUUCUGUAUCACAUUUCCCAUCAUCAGUUAUCCAUGAUUCCAAAUAAUAAAACUUUACAACUUGUUCUAUUCUUUUACCAGUAUGUGAUACUCACACAUCCACCAUCUUGUCUAGAUAUUACCAUAACCUCUUUUCAGUGAUCUUUAUUCUAUAUUUCUGUGAUACCCCAUUUACUCAUGCCUUGAUCACCUGCAAACCUUACAUCUUUUUAAUAAUUCUUCUCCAACAUUCCCUCCCUCAUUGAUGUCAUGUAAUCCAUCCUCCUCUUUGUAUAGAUUGAAAUAAUAGAGGGGACAGUAAACUGCCUUGUCAAACUCCUCUAUCUAUUGUGCACGGAUCAGUUUGACUAUAUUGAUAAGAUCACUCAAUUUCAAUCCGUAUUCCAGGUUGUGUGCACUUGAAGACGCCUCCAAGCAAUGACCUGUACCUUAUUCAACACCUGAGAGAAAGCAGAGACGUGUGGGGUUGGGCACGAGAGAAGGACACCAAAGCCACCAUUCGACUCAACAUCAAACGGAAUCAUAUGGUGUCGAAGGAUUAUCUUCAGUUCGAUGUCAAAGUGAAAGAAACCUGGAUACCGUAUCGUGUGUCUGUAUCUGGAGAAAGAGUUGAACUGCGAGAUAUGACGUCUGACGAGCACAUUGCGCAAGGGUCGAAAAAUAUUGAUGGAGACGACGUGUCCUUCUUCUUUGAAUCUGAAAACGAAAUGUACUGGAGCUUUGGCUGUGGUGCCGCGGAUGAAUCUUUAUUGUGGUUGAGUGCUCUCUUCUCCGGAAUUUUGGUCGCUUGCGUCAUAAUGGUUAUCGUUAUUUCUCUUUUAAUUUACCGUCGGGUUUCAUCUUCGUCCCCGACUCAUCCCAACAUGGAAAGUGCAGAUUUUGAGUCCGUUUUCAUUGCUUCGUCACAGUAUCCCCAAGAUGAUGGCGAGAGCGGAGCAGGCAGAAAUAUCUUUUCACAUGCAACAACACCAAUGGCGCCUGAUCAGGAUGCCCGAAGCAAAGCUGUGCGCCAGGGAGGCUCGAGCGAAGGACUACAGACCGCACACGAACCCCAAUGUAGAACCAAAUGUCCCACACCAAUAAACCAACCGGCUGGUCCAAUCGGUACACAGUCCCAUGUGGAGGGCCGUGAAACAAGCGGAAAUAAUACGAGUUCAUCUUGGAAGAGUCAAGAAGAAGGAAGCGUGGAAAUGAAUGGAGACGAAAACGAAGCCAGCAAAACAGAACAGUCAAGAAUUCCCAGACGUCGGAACGGAGAUCAGAACAGACGGAGCAAGAGGCGAACAGCAGAGCAAGGGCCAAGGACGCCAUCCCAUGAUGAAAAACACAAGCUCCCGGACGGUGAGGACGCGGGCACUAAUGCUGCACCGCAAGGCCCGCAACAGGCACUUCAGAGUGCCAGACAGAAGAAAAUUGAUCGGAUUCCUGUGGAAAUAAUAAGAGAACUGUCCGCAAACAAAUCAGUUUUCCUGAAAGAGACAUCAUCGCCCGCUAUCAGGAAUACGCCCGAGAAAGAUUCACAGGGGACGAAGCAUGGGAAAAGAGACAAAAAGGAAGAUGAUAUUUCCCCUCACAGAGGUAAAGCUGAAACGAAGGCUUUAAAACCCAGUUGUAGCGGACAUGCACUGGCGAUACAAGGAAAUCCUCUGUUCAGGGAGUAUGGCAGUGGCUUAAUUAUACACGGAACGGGAAACCCAGUUGUAGGGCGCGCCAACAUGGGGAUACAAGGAUCACUCCCCAAAGGCAUCUUUCAGCAACAGGGAGCCACCAUAGCAGUAGCAAGAGGACGGCCAGGAUACGUCCACCAGCACCCCGUGUACAUCGGCUACGACACUCCCACAGGCCUCAGACCCGUCACCACACUCCCGGGAAACUACAGGAAACACAACCGGACCCACCAGCCCGCCACAGACCUCGAGAUCCGCCGAGUCAUGAGCCACCAUAGGAUCAGCGAGGCCGCCCACAUCGCCCACGUUACGCCUACGCUCACGCCCAUGUCCCUGGCGAUUCCCCACGCGGCAUUGAAGACUUCCCCAAGGCUUCUUCCGUGUUAUUCCCCCAUCGUGUUGAGUCCAGCUAGGAUGAGACCGAGGAACAGACUGUCCACCACCCCUUCGCCGAGGCCUCGCGGGGGGAGCCGGGCGGAGGAAGGGGGCGGGGCGGAUGAAAAGGGCGGGGCUGAAAUCCUGUAUGAUCAACUGGCGUCUGACAGUGAGUAG